AUGGCCCUCCUGUCGAACCACCACAGUAGCAGCGGUUACAAUCAGUCGUCCUCCGAAAUGCUCACGCCGAUUUACCCGACCCCGAACCGCUCGUUCGAUCCUGUUAAUUAUCAAUCACCCUACACCUCGCCGAGCUACGAAACUAUGCGAGGACCCUACAGAGAUGCCUAUCAACCUGACGGCGAUGUUACACCGAGAAGAGAUCUCGAAUUUUCGGACUAUCACAGGGAGCCCGCGGACUUUCAUCCCAGGACACCGGAAGGAUACGAGAGAGGACCCUAUGGCGUACUAACUCCUUUAACCCCGCAACGGUUUGAGUCGCAGCGAGCCACCAAUGCUACGGAGCAGAACCUGACGUCACCGAGAUCAACUUUUUACGAGGAGAAUUCGACGGAUUAUCAGCCACCGACUUAUUGUUACGAAACCCCGCCCCAAGAGCCAAGAUUUCAUCCCGGUGAGUCGACCUCGUUUCAAACGGAAACGGAAAUGAGAUCGUUGUGCUGGGAUCCAGUCUCGUCGACUCAGAAAGUCCAAACCUCGCCUACGUCAAGCCCGAGGAGAGGACGACGACGAUCUCGCGACGUGCCGCCCUCGCCGAACGUUUUGAAGAGACGAAGGCUCGCGGCCAACGCGCGGGAAAGAAGACGGAUGAACGGGCUGAACGACGCAUUCGAUAAACUGAGGGAAGUCGUCCCGAGUCUGGGGGCUGAUCACAAGCUGAGCAAAUUUGAAACCCUGCAAAUGGCUCAGACUUACAUCGCCGCACUUUGCGAUUUGCUCGAGAGACACGACGGGAAACGAUGA